AUGUUUGCAAAGAAAGAAAAAUCGAAACGGCAAACACGACCUGCUGGUAGUCUAGCACAGUAUGGGAUUUUUGAAGUACCCGAAACUUUAGACGAUAUAGGUAACGAUUUCAUGAAUGAUGAUGGUGAUGAUGAUUUAGAAUCUGAAUUAGCAGCUUUAACAGCUAGUGAUAAUAAUGGUCAGAAAACUAGACGUAAAGCACCUCGUAAACCAGUUCCUAAAGAAAAUUUAGAUACAAUGAUAGCUGAAAGUAUGAAAGACAUAAAUUUUGAAGAAGAGGUGUCAGAUGGAGAAAAUAAUUUUAGAUAUUUUAUUUCCUGUUAGAGUGAACUUCAGAUGAUCACAGGUGAUGACGAUUCCUCUGAGGAAGUAUCUCCAGAAAAAGAAGAAAAUUUAGUAGCUGAAAGUACAGAAGAACCUGAACCACAAAAAGAUAAUACACCUGUAGAAAGUACAGUUAAAUCAUCCCCAGAAGCUGAAGUAACAGAACAAACUAUUUCUACAGUUGAUGUUGGUACAACUUUGCCUGAGGAACCUACUUCUGUAAAAACUAUAGAUGAAGAAGCAUUAAAAUUAUUAAAAAACAGGCAACAAGAAUAUAAAGUAGCUGCUGUAGCAUGGAAAAAAGCUGGUAAUAAACAGGAGGCUCUGCAAUGUGUAAAUAUAGCAAAGCAAUUUGAUAUAGUUAUUGCAGCAGUAAAUGCAGGAGAAGCAAUUGACUUAUCAGAUAUGCCACCUUCUCCAAAUACUCCUGGGUUAAAUACUGCUACACAACAAACUGAGAAUUCAGAAAAAAUAGAAAAUGAAAUACAGAGUCAAGCACCUGCAGAAGUAAAGCCAACAGGCCCAGUAAAUUUAGAUACUGCUUUAAAAGAGCGUCUUGAGAUAUGUAGAAGGAUAAAAGUGACUGCAGAAAGUGAAGGAAAUUCUUCUAAAGCUCGCAGAUAUGGUCGUAUUUGCAAACAAUUUGAAGAUGCUAUUAAAUUACACGCUCGUGGAAAACCUAUUGCUCUUGACGAGUUGCCUAUUCCACCUGGCUGUGAACCUCUUACAGCUACAACAAUAUCUAAUGUACCUGCUCCAACCAUAGAACAAAAUGAAAAACAACCAGAACCAACACCACAAACAGUUCCAGAACCUGAACCAUCCGAAAAUAAAGCUUCUCCGACUCCAAAAAAGCCUGUUUCUCCUCCAACUCAAAUUGAAAAGAAGCAAAAUCAGAAAAUAUCACGUGUAGAGAAACAACGGGCUUUAUUAGUGCAGCGACAACAUGAAUUAAAACAAGCUGCCCUCAAUGCAAAAAAGGACGGAGACAUAGAACUGGCACGUAAUUAUUUAAGACAAGCAAAAGGAAUUGAUCCAUUGAUUGAAGCUAGUCAAUUUGGGUUACCGGUUGAUAUGAGUUCUAUACCAUUGUCUCCACGUGUAAAAAAUGAGCUUAGUGCUGCUAGUAUAGCAGGUCUGUCAGAUGAUAGUUUUACGGUAGUGAACACCGAAGAUUGUUUAGAAGAAGCUACUGGAACGGAUGAGGAGAUUUACGAAAAUCUUGUGUUACAAUUAACGAAGCAAAUUAAGUGGUGUUUAUGUACAAGAGACCACUCGAAAGCAUUAGGGGAUGUACCUGGAUAUAAUAGAUGGGAACGACUCGCAUUGAAUUACAAACGGGAUUUAGAUAUGCUGAGAGUUCGAAAACGGGAUGCACUACCGCCGCCACAACAUCACUAUGAGAAUAAAACCUAUUCUAUAGUUCAAAGCUGUACAGAUUUAAGCGAUAGUGAUUUAGAAAUUUCAAUAAUAAGAGGAGUAAAUUAUCCGAAAGAUGCAGAUACUUAUGUCAUAUAUGAAUUUCCUUAUCCUUCAGAUAGUCCUCCAACGGAUAGAACAUCUACUGUUAAAGGAACAUGUAAUCCAGAAUAUGAAGCAGUAUUUCCAUUAACUAUAGACCGUUCGUCAAGACCAUGCCAACGAGCUUUCAAGAGACAUGCAUUAAAAUGCCAAGUUUGGUCGAAAGGAUGCUCGUUGAAUCCCAUCCUGUGUUGCACUAAUCUAAGUGGAUUCUUUAGGAGUGAUAAUCUCUUAGGUACAGUAACGGUUAAAUUACAACCCUUGGAAACACGGUGUGAACUUCACGACUCCUUUCCGUUGAUGGAUGGAAGAAAAGCAACCGGGGGAAAACUUGAAAUAAAAAUGCGAUUGAGAAAUCCGAUUCUUACGAAACAAAUAGAGCAAAUUACAGACAAAUGGUUAAUUAUUGACUAUUGAUAGGAAGCAAUGGAAUUGCAGCUUUGAAUUUAUUGUACCAGUGAUCGUACUAUUGAGG